AUGGCGGAGCUCGACGUCGCUGUUGAAGGGCCGUUGUCGAAGGACGCUCUCUGGGAUAUUGCGAAAGGACGUGGCUACCACAAUCCGCUCGUGCUUCUCUCAUUUAGCCCUGAGAUGCUCUUGAUACCCUGCGUCGCGAGUGUUGGACGUGCUAGCGAAGGCGGCGACGCGAAGGGCGCGUGCGUGCACAACAGAGCGGUCAUCUCUCGCAUCCUGUCGGUCCCAAUGCCCAUGUACUAUCGCAUCGCUUCCUGCCCAUCGCAAUGA